AUGACUUCGUCCAACGCCGGCCAAAAUGGCCUGGCGCCCGUGCCGACCACGCCGCCGCCCAAGAACAAGACAACACCAACGCCUGGUCGACCUGACCCCGACGACCACAACACCACUACGAACGCGACGACCGCGACCGCGACCUCUUCCCAUCAGCAGCCGCCGCGCGCCGACGCAUUGGCUGCCCACCCACAAUCGAACCCCGACACCUCGGGAAAACGCCAAUCAACCCCGGGCGCCGCCGAUACCGACAUGACCGACGCCCACGCCAACACCGCUCCGUCUGCGACAAUGUCGCACCCGGCUUCAGCCGCUCACAACAUGGACGCCGACCCCUUCGCUUCGUCCUUCCCGCAUACCCCAAUGCCGAACAUGGACCACGCUUACAUGAUGAUGGCUCUCGCGCACAUGGCCGGCAAUCAAAUGUCUAACCAGAUGUCACCGCCCCCGACCGUCACGCCGGCCCAGGUCACCCUCCCCAGCACCAUCGGCAAUGGCAACGAUCCCCUCGUCGCAAGCACACAUAAUCUCGCCGCCGCGACCCAGGGCCUGGAAUCCUUCGCGCGAAUAGAAUUCGCCGACAGUGUCUUCCAGAUGACCACCUACGCCGUUAUUAUCGGCCGUGAUCAAAAGGCGCUCAUGCAGGCGAAGAGGGAUGAGAAGUAUCGGAAAAAGGCCGAAGAAUACGAACGCGACGGACUGCCGCCCCCAGAACCUUUCAACCAGAGGAAAUUCAGCAAAUCGUACGUCAGUGAAGAGGGAGGCAUGCUGGGACCCGAAUCCGAUAGCGAAGGAGACGGCCGACCGGCUAAGCGCCGCAAGACCACUAGCACUGGAUCUUCGCAGAAGCCGGAAGAGGACGAAGCAGACGAAAACUUCAUCUCCAACCGUCAGUAUGUCUCGCACACGCCCGGCGCAGCGGCCGUCGAUCUAGCUUCAUUACGACCCUCUCCUCACCACGUUCCGUUCAUCGGCAUCCACUCGCCAGGACCCGACAUUGCGAAAAAGACCAAGGCCAUUUCAAGGGAGCACUUGAAGAUUCAAUUCAACAAGGAGCAGGGGGUCUUUGAGGCCAUCCCGCUUCACAAGAAUGGUUUCUUCAUCGACGACGUACACCACAAGGACGGUGUCGCCGUGCUGCGGAGUGGCGAUCAACUGCAGAUCAAAGACGUCGACUUUCGCUUCGUCAUCAACGGCGUGCCUGAGGGCCGGACGGGCGCCGAAGAGUACUUGGAGGAGGACAAGCUCAAGAAGAAGCAGACUGGUGGAAAGGAGAUGAGUUUCGAGUUUGAGGCAUCACACGGCAACGGCCUGGAUGACACAAGCGAUUCGUCUCUCAGUUCACCAGCGCCCUCCGAUGCAGGCCUAUCUGAUCUCGAUAUGGACAUUGAUGAAGCCGAAGAAGACGCUGAAGUCGAGGCCGAACAGGCGGAGGCGGAGGCGGAAGAGGCAGAGGAAGCCGAGGCUGAAGCUGCAGAGGCGGCAGCAGAGGCAGCAGAGGUAGCUGAGGCAGCAGAGGUGGCCGAGGCAGCAGCGGCACUAGAAGCGGAAGCUGAAGCCGAUGCCGAUGCCGACGAUGAUGCCGAUGCAGAUGCAGAUGCCGAGGGCGAGCUGCACCAAGAGUAUGGCGAAGAAGUUGAAGAUAUCCAACCGACAACAGAAGUCAAGUCGGAGGAACAAGAAAUGGCGCACCUUCUGAUGGGAGCAGGAGCGCCACUGGGCUACCCCAACAAGAAACGAGGGCCCGGCAGACCGCCGAAGAAUGGCUUCAUGUCCAAACGAGAACAGCGGCUGCUCAAAAAGGCUCAACAGGAAAUGGCCAAGAAGACGUUACCACAACCGCCUCCCGGAGAGCCCCCUAUUAAGAGAAAGGUCGGGCGACCACGCAAACAUCCCUUACCGGAAGAAGGGGGCGAUCGACCAGAGAAGCGCAAGUACAAACCUCGGAAGCCCAAGGGCGAAGAUGGAGCAGAAGGGUCGGAUGCCGAAAGGCGGGCAAAGGAGAAGAAGGAAAAGAAGGUCCGGCCCAAAUCGCCACCCCUGGAACUCAAGAUUGAGGACUAUACCGAGGAACAGCUGCAGAAGCCGAACAAGAACUACGGCGUCCUCAUCGACGAGACCCUCACUGCGGCGGGGCCCGACGGCCUCACCCUCAAACAGAUUUACAAACGGAUUACUCAAAGGUAUCCCUGGUUCUAUUUCCACACAGAGACGAAGGGAUGGGAAUCCAGCGUGCGGCACAAUCUCAUCGGAAACGAGGCGUUCAAGAAGGACGACACCACAGGCCUGUGGUCGAGGGUUCCCGGCGUCGAGCUCGAUGCUGGCAAGAAACGCAAGGCGUCAUCGCCAGAUCGAUCCGUGAGUGCGGGCUACGGUCACUACAGCCACCCGGCAUACACGCAGUACGCCCAGCAGCCAGGCCACAUGCCCCCUGGCUACCAGCAUCUUCCGCACAACUACCACGCGCAAGCCUACGCCGGGCAACAAGCUCAAGCUCAAGCUCAAGCAGCGGCGAGGACGACUCAUUACUCGCCUCCGGGGGCCACGCCAACGCCAGGCCAGCCCGCGCCGCCGCCAGUGGCAUCACAACCAGUCGCACCAGCAACGCUCCCUGGCUACGGGGCUGCUGCUGCCAUUGCCCGGCCUCAGGGCGUUGCAGGGCAGCCGUCCACAUACAGUUCACCAUAUGCAUCAAGGCCGCCUCCUAUCCACCCCGCCGUCAAGUCCGAAGACAGCGCUGGCACCGCCUCGACAUCAGCUCCGCCCACAACACAACCUGCUCCGGCCGCCAUCCCUGGAGCGCAACCACCACAGAUACCCGCUGCUGCACCACAGCAAGCUCGACCCACUCCCACACCACCGGCGCAAGCCGAACCCCGCCCCGUCAUCCAACCUAGACUGCUCUCUGCCGUCAACGGUCUGAAGAAUGGCCUCAUCGGAAACCUAAAGAAUGCAAAGAACCCCAAGGCUGAAGCUAUCGUCAUGUCCGCUCUCAACCGCUGCCUGGGUCUCAAGAACGCGGCCACGGAAAACCAGACCAUGGAGGAUAUCUGCAUGAAGGGUAUACAGAAGCUCCUGGACGGCUUCUCCACGCGUAGCAACACUCCCGGAUCGGGAGGCACGCCAACUCCGACUGGACCUGGCAAUGUCUUCGACCCCAAGGUGUUUAAUGCUCUGGUCGGUUUCAAGAACGUCUCGUCGAACGCCCUCAAAGUCAGAAUUGGUGAGAGUAAGGCCGAAGCAGUCACCUUGUCAGCCAUUGACCGGGUACUCGGCCUGGCAGACGCGAGCAUCGUGCCGCCGCCCGCGGAAGCCAGUACCUCGGCAUCACCUCAGGCGGGGUUUGACGGGAUCGAGUCGCAUUUGAUGAACUCGGUGAAGCAACUCUUAUUGGGUCUCAACCAGAAGUUACACGGAACAUAG